UUUAGGGCGUGGCUCAAUGGACGUGGAGGCUGAUUUUCUGACUGGGGCAAGUAGCAGGGAUUCUUUGGAAGACUCUCGAGUCCAAUUCACCUUUCCCCCGUCUGUCGACUUGGGGACUAGCUAUGGGUCUUAUCUUCACAGCAGGAAGUCCUCCACUAGAAAGAUUCACCGUAAAAAGCCAGUAAAUAUCUUGCAGCCUUUACACCGGGACCUGGAGCUGCUUUCAGCAUCACUGAAUCAACUGUGCUCUCGCCUAAAGUCAAAUGGGCAGACAACUGGAGCUAUAGAAAAUGCAUUAGUAGGAUUACAGCAACUUAGGAGUACGGUCCUGGCCACAGCCCCUGCUGGAAGUAGGGGAGAAGUUGUUCUUUAUUUCUUGUUGCAAGUUGUGCAAGCUCUUAUUUCAGUCGCACCAAAUUUAGAUGGAAGCUCUCUUCACCUUGCGAAAGACAAAGAGGAAGCCAAAGCUUUAAGGAGACUUUAUCAAACAACUGAGGCAGAACUUAUUGCCACAAGAAGACAUUGUCACAAACUAAAGGAUAGACUUGAUACUGUUGUAGAGGAAGCUGAUUUGAAGCACUCAGAAUUAUCUUGCGAGCUCCUUGCAACCAAGAAAGCUUUAGCCGAAGCAAGGCUAGAGCUGCAACAAGAGAAGACAAAAGCUCAAACUGCAUACUUGACAUCAAGUCAAUCACAGAGAGAACUCGGAAAGUAUAAGAAGACCCAUUUAAUGCAGCAAAAAGAGAAAAAG